AUGCCCGUGUCAAUAGACAUCGUCCCCUUUUCAGAUUCUUUAGCGUUGUUCGGAGAUGCAGACUUUUCAUCUGCCUUCUCUCUAGCAGGCCAUGUAUCGGUCUCGAUCAGCUCACCUUCGUUCAUGUUCCAACGUCGGCGGAGCACAACGCGUGCUCUGCUGCAGUCGCUCACCAUUACAUUUGAGGGACAGUCUGAAGUAAUCACCCCAGACAUUGGGUAUGCCCCUUUGCGUCUCUGCUCCAUCACUCGCGAGCUUUUAAAUGGCGAACCUGUCGACCUCUCCAACGAAGGACACGAAGAUUCCGAUAAGCCCUGCUCUUGGAAUGUCAUUUUUGACAUCCCUGUUCCCGGCUGGUUGCCAACCACGUCUACAUACGGAGAUCAAGGCGCGGUUGAAGCCGGAACGCGCUACGCCUUGUAUGCCACCGCAACUUUUAUCUAUCUCGAGGAUGGCAGCUCCUCCAUUUUCAGCAGCUUUUGUUCACCUUUCAACGGUCGCACCCGCACAAUCACUGCGCCAAUAUGUCCUAUCACUCUCACUCGUUUUAUUGAGGUCCCUUCGGCCCCCUCGUCAUCGUCUUCUUCCACCUCUAUCUUCCCGAUGGCAUUGUUCAUCGUCGAUGCACAAUCAGGGCAAGAUAGCACAGAAACACAUGCAAAAGCUAUUCCCCCUGAAGUUUUGAAGAAGAUUCGGGUCGUCGCGUCCAUUCCCAACGCAGUAACAAUGGAUGAGACAUCCGUUCCUCUCAUCCUGCGUUUACAAGGCAAUGAACUAAACGCCUCGGAGCGAGAGCGCCUUCGCAUAACUGAUUUCACUGUUGACGUUGAACAGAUUGAAACGUACAGGUUACUAACGACAUGUCUAUCUAGGAGCACUACUUCCCUUGAUCGUGUAACUCGAUUCAUGGUCCCACCUAGGGCACAACAACCUCCAUCUGUCCCCCUUCGGAAUGCACAUUCGUUGCAGACCCUUUAUGAUGUCGGUCUUCUCAUAAACCCGUAUCCCUCCAGGUCCAGCACCACCCGCUCGUUCUCCCUCUUCGAACCCUCGAAUUCUGGGAAGUAUAUCAUUUCGGGUGACGGUUACGUCUUUGCGCAUGACUCUCCAGAUGGUGAUGCGAUCAGCCCUUCUCCAUCGGAGAACUGGUAUGUGCUCGAGGCAAGCGUGCCUUUGGCACAGGAGCCCCACCGAUUGGAUUGGGCUGGGCCCUGCAACCGUCGCAUCUCUGAAAGUAGUCCUCUGUUCAGUGUGUGCCACAUGAUGCAUAUUGCGCUUCGGUGCGCCUACGAACAUCCCGAUGGCGAUGUUGUUUAUGAACGCCUCCACUUUUCACUGCCCAUGCAGAACGUGCGGGUGCCUGCCCCAGUAACUUCGUCCGCCGCCGAUAGCAUUCUGAUCAUCGAGGGUGCCAUGGAGCUCCAGAAAAGCGCUCCAUACAGCCAGAGUCUUCCCGCAUACUCUCAGCUCUUCCACUCGAAUGGAGAGCGCAAAAUCGAUUACUCAAUUCCUCUUCCACUUUACGAACCUCCACCAUCGGCUUCGUCAUCUUCAUUCACCCUCGAUCACGAUGACGACGAUCGGAAAUCAAUCUCAUAAUUUUCUGAAUUGCACAUACACCAAUACCGACACUCGCAUCCCGAAUCGAAGACAUUAAUAUUGUCAUGUAAUAAUGAGGCAUUUGGUCCACCGCACUUUCUUUUUCUUUCGAUCCAUUGUCGUACUGCUUUUUCGUCCUGCUGAUGCAGCUCUGCUUGUCCCUUGUUUUUAUCUGCGUUGAUCUAGUCCGCAUACCAGUCAUUCCUCGCAACCAAUCUCGAUAUCACGAGUGUAUCACCUCACCUCCUUAUUUCGUACAUCAUGUAACAAACCUAUACUGCAGUAAUGGAAUCUCGUCGUUAUUGUCACCGUAAAUCCCUGAUCC